CGGAAAGCCGCCCACCCCCACCGCGGGCGCACACCGGUUGCACCUGAGCUGCCCCGUCCUCCCCCCCGCAUUACCACCGCAGCCCUUCCUCGGGGUCUGCCUGCGCGGCCGGGGGAGGGGGCAGAGAGUGACCAUGCGAGAGAGAGGGAAGGUUUAACCCCCUCGCCUCCCCCCCCCCACACUCAUGAAUUAACUCCCGAGGGGGGGAGCAGCAGAGCCCGGGGACAGAAGGAGCCGGGCAUCCCUCGUCUGCCUCAGAGGCGAGCCAGCAGCAGCCGCAGCAGCACCCGGCUGGGAGCGAUGCCUCUGAGGCUCGCCUGGCUUUGGUGGGGGGGGCUGCUGUGCAGCUGCUGCUGCUCCCCGCCGCCGCCCGCGCUGCCCCUGCUGCCCGCCGCGGGGGCGCUGCUGGCGGACGGCAGCAGGGAGCAGCCGCAGCCUCCAGCCUCCCCCUCGCCGGGAUUCCUCUACCGGCGCCUCAAGUCGCACGAGAAGCGGGAGAUGCAGAAGGAGAUCCUGUCCGUGCUGGGGCUUCCGCACCGGCCCCGGCCGCUGCACGGGCUGCAGCCGCGGCCGCCUCCUCCCCAGCAGCAGCUGCUGCCCCCGCCGGGCAGGCUCAACUCGGCUCCUCUCUUCAUGCUGGAUCUGUACAAUGCCCUGUCCAGCGAGGAGGAGCAGGGGCCGGGGGCAGAGCGCCGCCGCCUGCAGCCCCACACCGCUCACACCCUGCAGCGCAAGACCCUCAUCCCCCAGCCGGGACCCAGCGGCGGCUCCCCCUCGGCCAGCUCGCAGGACAGCGCCUUCCUCAACGAUGCGGACAUGGUCAUGAGCUUUGUGAACCUGGUUGAAUAUGACAAGGAGUUCACACCUCACCAGCGACACCACAAAGAGUUCAAGUUUAACUUGUCCCAGAUCCCAGAGGGGGAGGCGGUUACUGCUGCGGAAUUCCGAAUCUACAAGGACUGUGUCGUGGGGAGUUUUAAAAAUCAAACCUUUCUUAUCAGCAUCUAUCAAGUCCUGCAAGAGCAUCAGAACAGAGAUUCUGAUCUGUUUUUGCUGGAUACCAGAGCAGUGUGGGCCUCAGAAGAAGGCUGGCUAGAGUUUGACAUCACUGCCACCAGUAACAUGUGGGUGAUGAACCCUCAGCAUAACAUGGGACUCCAGCUGAGUGUGGUGACCAGGGAUGGUCUCAAUAUAAACCCUAGAGCAGCAGGCCUGAUAGGCCGAAAUGGCCCUUAUGACAAGCAGCCUUUCAUGGUGGCCUUUUUCAAAGUGAGUGAGGUUCAUGUUCGGACCACUAGGUCAGCCACAAGCAGGCGCAGGCAGCAGAAUCGAAACCGCUCCACUCAGGCUCAAGAUGUUUCCAGGGUAUCUAGUAUUACAGAUUACAACAGCAGUGACCUAAAAACAGCUUGCCGAAAGCAUGAACUUUUCGUUAGCUUCCAAGAUUUGGGAUGGCAGGAUUGGAUAAUUGCACCAAAAGGCUAUGCAGCAAACUACUGUGAUGGAGAAUGCUCUUUCCCACUCAAUGCACACAUGAAUGCCACCAAUCAUGCCAUUGUACAAACUUUGGUUCAUCUUAUGAAUCCUGAAUACGUUCCCAAACCCUGUUGUGCACCUACAAAACUAAAUGCCAUAUCCGUUCUUUACUUUGAUGAUAACUCCAACGUUAUUUUGAAAAAAUAUAGGAAUAUGGUAGUAAGAGCGUGUGGGUGUCACUGACACACAAACAUUCUUCACCCAGACCUACUGUGCAAUUCUACCAUGAACUUCUAGAUUAUACCUACCUGACCUUGGAGAAAGUCGAGAUGAAGCAGACUUCCAAAACACAAUGUGUGCGCCUUAUUAGGGGAAACAGCAGGAUACAUCUUCAUUGACAUGCACUCACUUUGUAAUGGGAACAGGUGCUGGAUUUUUUAAAAAAAUGGAUGUACAGCAUGGCAGUCUUUCUGAUCUGCAAGGCUUGCAAAAAAAGAAAUCUGUCCUGACAAAUUUUGUUAGCGUCAAUCAUUCUCUGUAUGGUAUUAAAGUCCUCUGAGAGUAGCAGAAACUUAAAAGAGGAGCUUGACCUUGUCAGUUGGUCAGUCCGCAAUUCAGUUUUACCAAACCAGCAUUUGCUACAUGUAAGCCUUGAAAAAGUGUCUCCUGUAGACAAAAAGCAAAGCUGUAGUAGUAAAAUAUAGAAAUGAAUGAUUUUAAUACCUUACUAUCAUGCAUUUUAUGUUAGGAAGUGCCUUCUAUUUCAAGAAUAUAGUUGCUACAUCAAUAUGAGUGGUUUCUUCCAGAGGCCAACUUGAUAAAGAGCAUCUUCAGUUUUGCCAAAGCAAGCCUUUGACCCUCUGCAUUCUCCAAACACAUAUGCUGAACCAUAGACUUGACUAGAUAUUUAACUGCACCAUGUAUUAGUUCCAUAAGGAGAAAGCCACUCCCUACCUGGUGUUUUGAGAUGAAUGUUCCAACUAGGCAGUGAAUUUCUAAAUUUGUUCUUGAGCAGCUUCCCACCUUGUUUAGAUUCUAUAACUCCUGCAAGAUGCAUCAACUAAGCCUGUUCUGUUUUAGUCCAAAACAUUCUUUGCUCCUAAACUGUACCACCCCAGAGGAGGCUGCAAUCAGGACAGUUCUACAACUGUAAGUUUAUACAUAAAUUUAGAAGCAGCUCCUGGGCUGGAGAGUGGAUAUGCAGUUAAUGUAAAACUAUCUGGCCAAAAAGGAAAUUGCAUUUAAGAAGUUGGUUUAAAGGAUAUAUUCACAUUUUAGCCAUAGCUUCUAAUAGACUAGUUUUAUUCCCAACAUUAAUAGUAACAAUGAAUGUUUUGAUCAAUGUUAAAACUUGUAUUAAAUACACUUACCUCUAACUCUUGCAUUUAAAAAGGCUUCUUGUAAAUAUAAGCUAUAAUUUAUUGCAGUUGUCAUCCUUGUGCUGUAACAUUUAUAGAAAGACUGGGCUUUUUAA